AGGAAGAAGAAAUUGUAUGCGGGGUAUUGUGAGUGGUUUGUAGCUGUCUAGCUGAAUGACUGGAUACAUGGACAAUAAUGAUGGGAUGGAGGUGGAGGGCUGGGACUCUGGUCUGGAGGAGGAGCUGGGUGUGUCUCUGGAGGAGCUGAGUAAGUGGAUUGAGGAGGAGGUGGAGAGGAGCGAGGCAGUCCGCCAGAGGAAGGCCCAGCUGGCUGAGCUCAAAGAAUGGGUGGAGCAGAAAGAGAAGGAAGAGGAGGUGGUGGACAAACUCUUCAACAAUGCCAACCAGUCCAUAGUGGAGUGUGAGGCACUGGUGAAGUCCACCUACAGUAAAAUGGGUCUGGUCUACAAGGAGAGCUCUUCAGAGGAUGAGGGUGGAGUGGGAGGGGUUCAGUCCUCUGAUGUCAUAGAAAUUGACGAUGAUGAUGAUGAUGAUGAUGUCAUCGCUGUGGGCUUAUUGGUUCCACCCAAGAAACCUGGGAUACCUGUCCAUGAUGCAAUGUUUAAGGAGGCGUCGGCAGCUCUCCAGCGUUCCUCCCAGCAGGUGUUGAAGCUGGCCCAGACAGUCAACAAGAACUCUUCUUCCGGGCCUGCUAUACAACAGCCAGGUGGCCCAGUGCCAAUGCCAGCGGUGUUUGUGUCCCAGGCCACGCCCAGGAACACACCCACCCAGCCUAACCCCUCCUUGAAGGAUGAUGAAAUCAGACUGGAGAUGAGUCUUCUGGGAAAGAAACGCACCAAGACCUGGCACAGUGGAAUGCUCAUCGCCAUCAACCCUGUCGGUAAUGGUUACAGUAAGUACAAGGUGAAGUUUGAGAACAAGGGGAAGAGUCUACUGUCUGGGAACCACAUAGCGUUUCACUACCACCCCACCCUGGAGAGGCUAUACGUGGGAGCCAGGGUGGUCGCCAAGUACAAGGACGGCAACCAGGUCUGGCUCUACGCUGGCAUCGUGGCAGAGAUGCCUAACAACAAGAACCGCAUGAGGUUCCUGAUCUUCUUUGACGACGGUUAUGCCUCCUACGUGACCCUGCCUGAGCUCUAUCCUGUCUGCAGACCAAUGAAGCGUACAUGGGAGGACAUAGAGGAUGCAUCGUGUAAAGACUUCAUAGAGGAAUAUAUAACGUCAUACCCCAACAGGCCCAUGGUGCUGCUGAAGGCAGGCCAGGUCAUCAAGACAGAGUGGGAGGGGACGUGGUGGAGGAGCAGAGUGGAGGAGGUGGACGGCAGCCUCGUCAAGAUCCUCUUCCUGGAUGACAAGCGUAGUGAGUGGAUCUACCGCGGUUCAACCAGGCUGGAGCCCAUGUUCAACCUGAAGACCAACUGUGCCAACACCCAGGAGAAGAAGAUGGCUGGCCAGCAGAGGACACGCCCCAGCAUGGGAGCAUUGAGGACCAAGGGCCCCGUGGUCCAGUAUCACAGUGGGGGGAACACCAUAACCCCCAGUGGGACCCCCACUAAAUCCCCCCAUCCCCUCUCCCCACCCUCCUCCAUCCCUCCUACACCCUCCCAGCCCAAUCAGCUUGCACGAACAGAUCCUAAGUAUCAGAUGGCUAAGAAGAGUACUUCUCCAUACAUUCCCACGCCAGGAGGCUCUCGCACUGGAUUGGCCAGUAAUAGCCACGCUCCUAAAGCCAUGCAGCCCCAACCUCCAACUGGUUCUCCUGGAAACUCAUCCAGAAUGUAUGUCCUUCAGACGGGCAACAUCCAGACUCUCACGCCCCUACAGCCUAUCCAACACCAGCAGCAGUCUCUGCCCCCUCCUCCCCAAGCCCCUCCCACCGCCCCCGCACCUGCAGUGACCCCAUACACCUUCAGUAACGACCGGAUUCCCCACGAGCCCUCGUACCGCGCCCCCACAGACCGCAUCUUCUACCUGCCUCACACCUGCCAGCCUGCUUGUCUGAACCGUAUCCGGCCCUCCAGAGCAGAUAUGCACCGGGGCAGGAACCCCCUGCUCACCCCUCUACUGUACGAGUUCAGACGCAUGACGGGCCGACGGAGAGUCAACCGCAAGAUGUCGUUCCAUGUGAUCUACAAGUCUCCUUGUGGCCUGUGUCUGCGCAGCAUGGCAGAGAUCCAGCGCUACCUGUUCCAGACGCGCUGUGACUUCAUCUUCCUGGAGAUGUUCUGCUUGGACCCCUAUGUCCUGGUCGACCGGCGCUUCCAGCCCCAGAAGCCUUACUACUACAUUCGAGACAUCACCAACGGCCGCGAGGACAUUCCCCUGUCCUGCGUCAACGAGAUCGACAUCACACCACCCCCCGACGUGGCCUACAGUAAGGAGCGUAUCCCUGAAGACGGAGUGUUCAUCAACACCAGUCCUGAGUUCCUGGUGGGCUGUGACUGUACCGACGGCUGCAGGGACAAGUCCAAGUGUUCGUGUCACCAGCUGACCCUGCAGGCCACAGCCUGUACCCCUGGAGCACAGAUCAACCACGCGGCUGGAUACACACAAAAGAGACUGGAGGAGUGUUUGCCCACCGGGAUUUAUGAGUGUAAUAAGCGUUGUAAGUGCUGCAGUCAGAUGUGUACUAACCGUCUGGUGCAGCACGGACUGCAGGUGAGGCUGCAGCUCUUUAAGACCCAGAACAAAGGCUGGGGCAUCCGCUGUCUGGACGACGUGGCCAAGGGGUCCUUCGUCUGUAUCUACGCAGGUAAGAUUCUGACAGAUGACUUUGCGGACAAGGAGGGUCUGGAGAUGGGUGAUGAGUACUUUGCUAACCUGGACCACAUAGAGAGUGUGGAGAACUUCAAGGAAGGGUAUGAGAGUGAGGCCCACUGUUCAGACAGUGAUGGGAGCGGGGUGGACAUGUCCAGGCUGAAAAACCCCCCCUCGUCCUCCCUGGCUUUGCAGAACAAGACCCUUCCCAAACCCCCCCAGAGAACCAAUGCUGCCAACCCCGCUGGCAAAGCGCGGGGUGCUGGUGGCGACUCCUCUAAGGAUGGGGAUAGUGAUGAAGAGUCGAACAACGACAAAAGUUCAGACGACACGUUUGUGAAGGACCCCUACUACAGCUCCAGCUCUGUGUGGAGGAGCUACACCACCCGUCGCCAGGCCAAGGGCGUCAUGGAAGGGAGCCAGGACAGUAAGGAUGGGUUGAGUGUGUCAGUGGGGGGGAAGGAGGACAGGAAGCCGCCCCCCAUGCCAGAGGAGAGUGGGAAGAGUAAAGUAGCGUCCUGGCUCACCAACCAACCCUCUACCUCCCAGGCCACCGUUAAGAUGGAGGGACUGAAGAUAGAGAAGAAGGUAGGGGAGGGGGGGGAGCCCGGAGACCAGAAAAGGUACAUAAUGAAUGAUUGUGAAAUUCAACAAUCAGUGAAGACGGAGGGAGGGAAGAGACAGGAUGUGAUGACGCUGUCGGACAGUGAUGACGUCCAGACCAUCAGCUCUGGAUCUGAUGACAACAAGGAGAGAGAGAAACGCACACAGGGUGAAGAUGGGGGAGGUGCGGUGAAGAGGCAGGUGGCUGUGAAGUCCACACGAGGCAUUGCUCUGAAGAACUCCCAUGGCCUGAUGGUGAAGACUGGAGGGGCUGGGAUGGGGCCAGGGGGAGGCCCGGGGGGCCACGGAGGGGCACAGGGUAAGGGUGGGGACGGGGGAGACAGUGGACCUAAAAACACACGGCAGUUCUUCGAUGGCGAGGAGUCCUGCUACAUCAUCGACGCCAAGCUGGAGGGCAACCUGGGGCGCUACCUCAAUCAUAGCUGCAGUGCUAACCUGUUUGUCCAGAAUGUGUUUGUAGACACACACGAUCUGCGUUUCCCCUGGGUAGCCUUCUUCGCCAGCAAGCGUAUCCGGGCGGGGACAGAGUUGACAUGGGACUAUAACUACGAGGUUGGCAGUGUGGAGGGAAAGGAGCUACUGUGCUGCUGUGGCUCAACAGAGUGCAGAGGAAGACUGCUAUAAGAGACCAUCCUCUAUACCUCCAUCUCAUCCCUCUAUUUCUUCAUCUUAUCUCGGAGUGCAGAGGGAGUUCUGCUGGAAGAGACCUCUAACUCCGUCUCCUCUCUGAGUGUAGAAGAAGCCUGCUGUAAGGUAACACUAUGCUAGAUGGGACUCCUGCACCCACGAGUCUCUGUCCAUGUUUCUCUUUUGUUCCUCCCCCUCUAUCUUUUUGUCUGAAUUGUUUGGCUGCCUAUUGCUGAUGUAUUGUAAUUCGUUACUGUUUUGUCUGUAUGCCCAGUUGUAUUUGACUGUCUGUGAAUUCAGAUCAAACUGUGCUCUUCUCACAACUGAAUAAAAUCCUGUUUUCUACACA